CCCAGCCUGUGGAUCAUGGCAAAUCUGAGCCAGCCCUCCGAAUUCGUCCUCUCGGGCUUCUCCUCCUUUGGUGAGCUGCAGGCUCUUCUGUAUGGCCCCUUCCUCGUGCUUUAUCUUCUCGCCUUCAUUGGAAACACCAUCAUCAUAGUUAUGGUCAUAGCUGACACCCACCUACAUACACCCAUGUACUUCUUCCUGGGCAAUUUUUCCCUGCUGGAGAUCUUGGUAACCAUGACUGCAGUGCCCAGGAUGCUCUCAGACCUGCUGGUCCCCCACAAAGUCAUUACCUUCAGUGGCUGCAUGGUCCAGUUCUACUUCUACUUUUCCCUGGGUUCCACCUCCUUCCUCAUCCUGACAGACAUGGCCCUUGACCGCUUUGUGGCCAUCUGCCACCCACUGCACUAUGGCACUCUGAUAAGCCGGGCUGUGUGUGUCCGGCUGGCUGGGGCUGCCUGGGCAGCUCCAUUCCUAGCCAUGGUACCCACUGUCCUCUCCCGAGCUCAUCUUAAUUACUGCCACAGCAACGUCAUUAACCACUUCUUCUGUGACAAUGCACCUCUCCUGCAGUUGUCCUGCUCUGACACUCACCUGUUGGAAUUCUGGGACUUUCUGAUGGCCUUGGCCUUUGUCCUUAGCUCCUUCCUGGUGACUCUCAUCUCCUAUGGCUACAUAGUGACCACUGUGCUGCAGAUCCCCUCUGCCAGCAGCCGCCAGAAGGCUUUCUCCACCUGCGGGUCUCACCUCACACUGGUCUUCAUUGGCUACAGUCGUACCAUCUUUCUGUAUGUCAGGCCUGGCAAAGCUCAUUCUGUGCAAGUCAGGAAGGUUGUGGCCUUGGUGACUUCAGUUCUCACCCCCUUCCUCAAUCCCUUUAUCCUCACCUUCUGCAAUGAGACAGUUAAAACAGUGCUACAGGGGCAGAUGCAGAGGCUGAAAGGCCUUUGCAAGGCACAAUGAUGAGCCCAGGGCCCAGGGGGACCUGGCCUGCCUCCAUCGAGCAGUUCUAUGGGGAGGGA